AAUGAAGCGUGUCGCCGGCUGCUUGCCGUAGUGCUCUGACGUAAGCGGAAGGAGUAUUGUUUUGAGAAAACAAGCAUGGAGGCGACUAGAAAGAUUCGAGUCUCAAAAUCGAAGAAGAAAGGUGGCAAAGGAGCCCAGGGGAUUUCAGCAGCGGAUGAGGCGAGAAAGAGGGAAGCUAUUAAAGAGGCGCUCAGACAGAAGCUUGAGUUGGAGCGCAAAGCCCUGCAGGUGGUUGAGCGGCUGCUAGAGGACAGUGUGACAGAGGAGUUCCUCGUGGACUGUGCAUGGCACAUCACUCCUGCCAACUACAAGGAUACAGUGGAAGAACGGUCCAUUGCUAAACUGUGUGGAUAUCCUAGGUGUCCAAAUAAACUAACCAAUGUACCCACUCAGCAGUUUAAAAUAUCCACUAAAACCAAUAGAGUCUAUGAUAUUACAGAGCGCAAGUCUUUUUGCAGUAAUUUCUGCUACAAAGCCUCCAAAUGUUUUGAGCUCCAGAUAUCGAAAACUCCACUUUGGCUUAGAAAGGAUGAGAGGCCUCCUGAGGUUAAGCUGAUGAAAGAAGGAGAUGGAGGUAGCUCAGGACAGGAAAUAAAGUUGGUAGACAAGCCUGUGACAGAAGCUGACAUUGAGAAUCCUGUCCCAGACAUUUCUGAAUCUAACAAGGACUCCACUCCCUUCAGCCGGAGCGACAACAGCGACCUUGAGGAAGACUUUGUCUCUAGUGUGGUGUCCAGACAGUCCAAAAACACACGAGUACACUGGGGUAAACUGCCAAAGAGAGAGGGAGUAAGUGAGGAUGGGUCGAGUACUGACCCUGAACGUACACAAAGACUUGAUGGAGAAAAUAAUGAUGAAAGUGGAAUUUCAAAAGCUCCUCAACCACAGAAGGACCCUAGUGCCUGUCUGUCUAUACCAAACAAUACCACAUCUGCUGGAUCUGAUGUUGAAGGAACUCUGGAGCUUUUGAAUCAUUGUAGUCUGAAGGACGCUGCAUCCCAACAGGAAACUAACUUAUCUUCUGGUCUGAACAUCACUCAGGUGGGCAUGAGUAAGAGAGGAGCUGCAGACCUCAAAGGCUUGUUGAAGGAUCAUAACAAAGCUAAAACAACUCCUGCAACUAUCAGUUUGUGCCUGCUAGAGCAUCUGCGACAAACUUUUAUGGAGUGGAGAACUGAGGAAACCAUUAAGUUUCUUUAUGGGCCUGAUUAUGCCUGUGGAACAGAGUCUUCAGCACAGGAAGUGGAGGAACUGGAUGAGGAUGACUUGGAUGAGGCUGAGGUGGAAGUGAGCUUAAGACAGAACAGUGCAAGUUCUUCCAGACCCAGUGCACCAGCUCCUGAUUUUAAAACGCUGCGUAAGGAGACCGAGUUGCUGGAGCUGAGGGUGAGGGAAUUUUAUAAAGGUGUGUAUGUUCUGCCUGAAGAGAUCAAGUCAGAUGCCAUUAAAGACACUCAGGACACACAGGGCAAUCAAAUGGACCCUCCUCUGCCGUUGGUUGAUUCUCAUGCACAGCACCUGAUUCAGAAACGCAUUACUGUGGAGAAGCUCAGCCGGAGCUUGAGAGAUGUUGUUGGACCCCUGCGUCUAACGAUGAGUGAUGUCAUCAGUGAAAUAAAUAAUUUGGUCAAGACAUUCAGGUUUACAAACACUAAUAUCAUUCACAAAAGGCCAGAAUGGACUUUAAUUGCUGUGGUUCUUCUGUCAGUAUUAACAGAAGUGUCACCAUUGCUGAGAGAGUCAUUGGCAAGUCCAUCUUCAGUGGAGUACAUCUCCUCUCUUAUGAGCGAGCUGAAACUGGAGGACGAAGAUCUACACAACCUUGUGCUGCUCUUCAAACCCUGUGUUACUCCACAAACAUGAUCUUCCACGCACACUUAGAUGUUCUAAUAAAAGUGUAUGCCUGAAGCAAUGAUUCUGUACAUCAUUUCAUUUUCAGUACUUAAUAUUAUAUUUAAGUAAUCAAUGAUAUCUGGUACUUUGAGACUGUUUAUACAAUAUUUAUUUGCUUGAAAAAUGAAAUAAUCAUAAAGAAAUCUAAUUAAGAUGGAGCUGUUAAAAUCUCACAGGACAUUAAAAAAUGAACAGAAUUAAUAGAAUUUCUGAAGGAUAUUAAUGCAAUGUAUGUUAAAUGCAAAUGCAAAGCAA